CCUCCUCCUCCGUCUGAUCCGCAGGCCCCUCCGCGGCCUCAGCAAGGCCUCCCGGGCCGGGCGCGGCAUUCCGGCGAGUCUGCCGUCUCUUCCCGGAGCUCGAGAGGCGGAAGCCGGAGGGGUGCGGGGAGGAGCUUCGCGCGCGGGGUGAACGCCCGCCCUACGUGCUCGUUCGCCUCGCGACCGCUGCGCGCGAGCCAGGUGUCCCCGCGGCCAGCAGCGGCGGCGGCGGCGGAACGCGGCGGGGGCGGAGGGAGCCCGCGGAGGCGGCGGCGGCUGCACCAGCGACAUGGCGGAGACGGUGGCCGAUACCCGGCGGCUGAUCACCAAGCCGCAGAACCUGAAUGACGCCUACGGGCCGCCCAGCAACUUCCUUGAGAUCGAUGUGAGCAACCCGCAGACGGUGGGGGUCGGCCGAGGCCGCUUCACCACCUAUGAGAUCAGGGUCAAGACAAAUCUGCCUAUUUUCAAGCUGAAGGAAUCUACAGUUAGAAGAAGAUACAGUGACUUUGAAUGGCUGCGAAGUGAAUUAGAAAGAGAGAGCAAGGUUGUAGUUCCCCCACUCCCUGGGAAAGCAUUUUUGCGUCAACUUCCUUUUAGAGGAGAUGAUGGAAUAUUUGAUGACAAUUUCAUUGAAGAAAGGAAGCAAGGGCUGGAGCAGUUUAUAAACAAGGUCGCUGGUCAUCCUCUGGCACAGAAUGAACGUUGUCUCCACAUGUUUUUACAGGAUGAAAUAAUAGAUAAAAGCUAUACUCCAUCUAAAAUACGACAUGCCUGAAAUUUGCCGAGAAGUGGCAAAAAAAACUUUCUGUGACUAUGAAUGAUCGUAUGCGCCAGUGAAGAAGCUCUAACUAACUUAGCAUGCUGCACAGAAACCGGUCUAACAUGCCUGCAGUUACUAACACUCAUGCGCUCUGCUCUGUUUUGUUUUGCUUUGGCAGUUGACAAGAAGUUAAUUUGCUUUAGUGAAAUCCCUCAUUCCAGCCUUUCUAUAGAAUAGCUCUUCCUGGCUCUUUGAUGUGCUGCACACUAUCGCCUCACACACCUGUUACUCCAGCAUAAUCCGCAGUGUCCCGACUAAAGUUACUGAACUCGUCUCAGCUGCACAGUUUUUGUGUCAUGUUUGCUUCUUGAAUCUGAUUAACUAGAAAUCUCUUAUCCCCUUUUUAAUAUGUGAUGUCCUUGACCUAACUUACGUGUAGGAGCACUGACCACUGGUUGCCAGCAUCCUGCACACAAGACACACUCGUAUGCAGAAUGUAUCCCUUCAGGCUUGUAAUGCCCUUCACAUGGAAGAUCAACGAGGGGAAUCUUUAUAUUCUGUACAAAAACAAAAUCAAAUUUAUAUACUAAAAUCAUUUGUCUAAAAAUUUAAGUUGUUUUCAAAUAAAAAUAAAACUGCAUUUCUGAUAUGCACUAA